AAAACAUCUCUAAGUGGCUUCCACUUCUUUCUCUUGAUUUCAUCUAAACAAAGACAACAUGGGUGGUGCUUCUGUUCUGCCAUCAACAACACCAGUUCUUGUGUCCUUUCUUCUUGCUCUCUUCUGUCUCUGGAUAGCUCCUCAAGUUGUCAAUGCAAAGGACCAAAGCAUCACAAGGCACUACAAAUUCAAUAUAGAGCUGAAGAAUGUCACCCGUUUGUGCCACACCAAGGGCAUAAUCACCGUCAAUGGCAUGUUCCCAGGACCUCGGGUAGUCACCAGAGAAGGCGAUCGCCUAGUAGUUAAAGUUGUCAACCAUGUUUCCAAUAACAUCACCAUUCACUGGCAUGGAGUCAGGCAGCUUCAGAGCGGAUGGGCUGAUGGACCGGCAUAUAUCACACAAUGUCCAAUUCAGACCAACCAGACUUAUGUGUACAACUUCACCAUUGUUGGCCAAACGGGAACUCUCUGGUGGCAUGCUCAUUUGUCAUGGCUAAGAGCAACGGUUUAUGGACCCCUUAUCAUUCUCCCUAGGCGCAAUACUUCUUACCCAUUUGCCAAGCCAUAUAAGGAAAUCCCAAUCCUUUUUGGAGAGUGGUUUAAUGCUGAUCCCAUGGCAGUCAUCAACCAGAGUUUACUGACAGGAGCAGGCCCAAAUGUCUCUGAUGCAUACACCCUUAAUGGGCUUCCAGGCCCAUUGUAUAACUGUUCUGGAAAAGAUACUUUCAAGCUGAAGGUUAAGCCUGGGAAGACAUACAUGCUGCGGUUGAUCAAUGCUGCACUUAAUGAGGAGCUCUUCUUCCGCAUAGCAAACCACACUUUGACUGUAGUUGAGGCUGAUGCAGUAUAUGUCAAGCCAUUCAAGACUAGCAUUCUGCUCAUAAGCCCGGGACAAACCACCAAUGUCCUCCUCAAGACCAAAUCCAACCCCCCAAAUGCCACCUUCUUCAUGUUGGCCAGACCAUAUUUCACAGGAAUGGGAACCUUUGACAAUUCCACUGUUGCAGGAAUUCUUGAAUAUGAGCAAACACCUUCCACCAAUUUGAAAAACCGUCCACUUUUGAAACCAUCUUUGCCACCCAUCAAUGCUACCAAUAUUGCUGCCAAUUUCAGUAGCAAAUUCAGGAGCUUGGCAAAUUCCCAGUUCCCUGCUAAUGUUCCUCAAUCUGUGGAUAAGAAAUUUUUCUUCACGAUUGGGCUAGGGAGCAGUCCCUGCCCUAAAAACCAGACGUGUCAAGGGCCUAAUGGCACAAAGUUUGCAGCUUCUGUAAAUAAUAUUUCCAUGGCUCUCCCCACAACAGCUCUUCUUCAAGCCCAUUUCUUUGGCCAGUCUAAUGGGGUUUAUACCCCUGAUUUCCCGACUAAUCCACUUGAUCCAUUCAAUUACACUGGUACCCCUCCGAAUAAUACCCUCGUCAUGAAUGGCACAAAGGCGGUGGUGCUGCCGUUCAACACCACUGUGGAGUUGGUGCUACAGGACACUAGCAUCUUGGGGGCCGAGAGCCAUCCUCUUCAUCUCCAUGGCUACAAUUUCUUUGUUGUUGGUCAGGGCUUUGGCAACUUUGAUCCCAAGAAGGACCCUGCAAAUUUCAACCUUGUUGAUCCUGUUGAAAGAAACACUAUUGGAAUUCCCUCUGGCGGUUGGGUGGUAAUUCGUUUCAGGGCGGAUAAUCCAGGAGUUUGGCUUAUGCAUUGCCACUUUGAUGUUCAUCUUAGCUGGGGCUUGAGGAUGGCAUGGAUAGUGCUGGAUGGAAAACUGCCUAAUCAGAAGCUGCUUCCUCCACCGGCUGAUCUUCCCAAGUGUUGAUGACUGAUGAGGGACUCAAGCAUCUUCUGUCUGCCAUGCAUGAUUCUCUGUUUUUUCUCUUUAUAACUUAUUAUUGUUUUGCUGUGUCCUCAUUUUGAAGAAUGUUAGCAAUAGUCUACCCAACCUUUGUAUUGAAUUGGUUGUGUCCUUUUGUUUUGUUGAAAUUUUGGAAGAAUUCCCCAUCGGCAAAUGGAAAGAGAAACAAGGAGGUUUUUGUAUUUGUAUAAUCCAGAAUUUCAAUGCUCUAGUUGGAGCAUAAAUAAUAAAUUCAAGUUUUGAUA